AUGACAUCUUUCUCACCACACCGAUCCAGUCCGGCCACUGAGGCCGCACGCAUGAAUUUUGUUUUGGAGAUGUUUUGCACGCUGUGUUGUGGUUGCAGCAAGCUCAGCUGUUUGUCCAACGCGCCCAGCAGUGCUCCGAGGCUACUUUUAGCCCACGGCUUUAGAGCCCCGUCCAGCGAUAACUCUUUCACCUGUGCUGCAGCCCCGAGCGGCGCUGUUAGCCCCAUUCUGGCAGUUGGCUCAUGUCAGCAGCGGCUCUGCUUCACCACUCAUGCAAAAACUCUGACCCAGGUGGGCGGAAACGAAGCUGUGUGUCGACAGAGCAACGGCCAUGUUGGUACAGGCGCCGGUGGAAAGCAGCUCUCAGGCCCCAUGCAGCUAACAUCGAUCAGUUCGAGAGAAAAGCUAACUGGUCCUUUGAUGGAUGCUGAAAGAGAGAGGCUGACAGGCUCCGCCAUUUUAGGCUCUGAUUGUCCGCUGGUCUCAGCUAUCCUCAACCCCAAAGCCCCAAAGGAACCAGCAAAGACCUUCAGUUUUGAUUAUUCCUACUGGUCCCACACCACACCAGAAGACCCCAGCUUUGCAUCACAGAAUCGUGUGUACAAUGACAUCGGCAAGGAAAUGCUGGAGCAUGCCUUUGAAGGUUAUAACGUCUGCAUCUUCGCCUACGGCCAGACUGGAGCUGGCAAAUCCUACACUAUGAUGGGCAAGCAGGAGGAAGGACAGGAAGGAAUCAUUCCCAUGCUGUGUGAAGAUUUAUUUGAGAAAAUCAAUGAAGACAGCAACAAAGAGGAGCUCUCCUACUCUGUGGAGGUUAGUUACAUGGAGAUCUACUGCGAACGGGUGCGAGAUUUGCUCAAUCCCAAGAACAAAGGCAACCUACGAGUGCGAGAGCAUCCGCUGCUGGGUCCCUACGUGGAGGAUCUUUCCAAGCUGGCGGUCACCUCCUACACAGACAUCGCUGAUUUAAUGGAUGCCGGCAACAAGGCCAGAACUGUGGCUGCCACCAACAUGAAUGAGACCAGCAGCAGGUCCCACGCAGUUUUCACCAUCGUCUUCACACAGAAGAAACACGACAGCGAGACAGACCUCUCCACAGAAAAGGUCAGUAAAAUUAGUCUGGUAGACUUGGCAGGAAGUGAACGUGCUGAUUCCACUGGAGCUAAAGGCACCAGGCUAAAGGAGGGAGCGAACAUCAACAAGUCUCUCACCACAUUAGGAAAGGUUAUCUCUGCUUUAGCUGAAGUGGAUAACUGUACCAGCAAGAGCAAGAAAAAGAAAAAGACUGACUUCAUCCCCUACAGAGACUCAGUCCUGACCUGGCUGCUGAGGGAGAACCUCGGUGGAAACUCCAGAACGGCCAUGGUCGCUGCCCUCAGUCCGGCAGAUAUUAACUACGAUGAAACCCUCAGCACACUGCGCUAUGCUGACCGGGCCAAGAACAUCAAAUGCAACGCCGUCAUCAAUGAGGAUCCCAACAAUAAGUUGGUGCGCGACCUGAAGGACGAAGUGGCUCGACUGAAGGAGCUGCUCCGUGCUCAGGGCCUGGGAGACAUCCUGGACAUUGAUCCUCUGGGAGAUGAUUGCCCAGGAAGUGGAAUCAAAUACCUCAAAGACAUUCAGAACAAUAAGCAUAGAUACUUGAUAGCCUCAGAGAACCAACGCCCUGGCCAUUUCUCCACAGCCCCUAUUGGUUCCCUGACAGCGUCUCCAUCCUCUGGCACUCUGAGCAGCCAGGGGGGCCUGCAGUCUGUCACAAGCAUCCAGGAGCGAAUCAUGUCCACCCCUGGAGGCGAGGAGGCCAUCGAAAGACUCAAGGAGUCAGAAAAGAUCAUUGCAGAGCUCAAUGAAACCUGGGAGGAGAAACUGCGGAAGACAGAAGCGAUCCGCAUGGAGAGGGAGGCUCUGCUUGCAGAGAUGGGUGUGGCGAUCCGUGAAGAUGGAGGCACGUUGGGAGUGUUCUCUCCCAAAAAGACUCCACACUUGGUCAACCUGAAUGAGGAUCCUCUAAUGUCAGAGUGCCUGCUCUACUACAUCAAAGAUGGAAUUACCAGGGUGGGUCAGGCUGAUGCUGAGAGGAGGCAGGACAUCGUUUUGAGCGGGGCUCACAUCAAGGAGGAGCACUGCAUCUUCCGCAGCGAGCGGAACGCCAACGGCAAUGUUAUCGUCCUGCUGGUGCCCUGUGAGGGAUCAGAAACCUACGUCAACGGCAAGCGCGUUGAGGACGCCAUCCAGCUCCGUUCAGGCAACCGUAUUAUUAUGGGAAAGAACCACGUAUUCCGGUUCAACCACCCAGAGCAGGCCAGAGCAGAGAGGGAAAAGACUCCAUCUGCCGAGACCCCCGUGGAGCCGGUGGACUGGACAUUUGCUCAGAGAGAGCUGCUGGAAAAGCAGGGCAUUGACAUGAAGCAGGAAAUGGAGAAAAGGCUUACCGAGAUGGAAAUCCUGUACAAAAAGGAGAAGGAGGAAGCAGACCAGCUCCUGGAGCAGCAGCGACUGGAUGGAGACUCUGAUAGUGGGGAUGACUCAGAUAAGAGGUCUUGUGAGGAGAGCUGGAGGCUGAUCACUUCCCUGAGGGAAAAGCUACCUCCCAGCAAGCUGCAAACCAUAGUGAAAAAGUGCGGAUUACCCAGCAGUGGCAAAAGAAGAGAGCCCGUUAAAAUGUACCAGAUCCCUCAGCGACGCCGCAUCACAAAGGACUCCAAGUGGGUCACCAUCUCCGACCUCAAGAUCCAGGCGGUCAAAGAAAUCUGUUACGAAGUUGCUCUUAACGACUUCCGGCACACGCGUCAGGAGAUCGAGGCGCUGGCCAUUGUGAAGAUGAAGGAGCUCUGUGCCAGCUACAGCAAGAAGGACCCCAACGAGCGGGACUCGUGGAGGGCGGUGGCCCGAGACGUCUGGGACACGGUGGGGGUCGGCGACGAGCGCAUCGAGGACAUCAUGACCAACGGCGCUCGCCCCGGAGGGGCCGUGAUGGACGAGCUGAAGGUGCACAUCGACAAGCUGGAGGACAUCCUGCACGAGGUGAAGAAGCAGAACAACAUGAAGGACGAGGAGAUCCGAGCCCUCAGGAACAAGAUGGUGAAAAUGGAGAAGGUCCUGCCGCUCAUCACCCCGGAGGGCCAAGACAAGCCCCCGACCGCCGGCGCCGCCGGCGCCUCCACGUGUGCGGCCAGAACUCCCAGCCCCCGAGAGGGGAAGCCUCCUCUGCCCGAAAAGCCCGACGGGGAGGACGGGGAGUCGCAAACGAGCCAAAGCUGUGGAGAUGACUCCACCCUCAAGCGCGGGCAGAUGCGCUGGAUGCGUCAGGAGCAGAUCCGCCUGAAGAGCCUGCAGCAGCAGGAGAUCUCCAAGCAGCUGCGCCGCCACCCGGGCCCGCACCGCUUCAUCCCGCCCGAGGACCGCAAGCUGCGCUUCCCCUUCAAAAGCAACCCCAAGCACCGCAACUCCUGGAGCCCCGGCACCCACAUCAUAAUCACGGACGAGCAGGUGAUCGAGCUCAAGGUGCCCAAAGAAGCCGUGGAGGAAGAGGAGGCGGAGAACCAGGCCGACGCAGAGCCCCAUCCAAAAGACAAGAUGGCCGCAUCGGUCGUCCACACGGCGCCCCCGCCGCCGAGCCCGCCAGCGCCGCACUGGGGCAGAGACUUCGAGGGUCACAGACACAGCCACAGGGGCGGCCAGUACCAGCCGCCCCCCCACGAGCGGGGCCGCAGCAACUCCUUCAACCACCGCCAGCGGCCCUCGGGCUCCAUGGAGUCCCUGCAGCAGCCCGACAGCAGCAGGAGGCACACGCAGAGCUUCUGCGCGCCCCACCGCCACCACCACCACCACAGCCAGCCGCCCCCCCCACCCCAGCCCUACCACUACAAGGGCGUGAUGUAUUCAGACGGCAGCUUCAAUGGCUACCCGCAGUACCACCCCGCCGAGCACCCUAACCACGCCGGCAGCUUUCAGGCGCCACCACGCAUGCGCCGGCAGCUGUCCGCCCCCAAUCUGAAAGCCAGCAGAGAGACGGCAGUUUACGAGAGCAAGCUUCAGGAGCUUCAGAAACAGGUGGAAACUCGCUCUCUGGUAGCAGAGACACCAGACGAGGAGGAGCUGGAGGAGGAAGAGGAGGAGGAAGUGCCGUGGACCCAGCAUGAGUUUGAGCUGGCUCAGUGGGCCUUCAGGAAGUGGAGGUACCAUCAGUUCACCUCCCUGCGUGACCAGCUGUGGGGGAACGCCGUCUACCUGAAGGAAGCCAACGCUAUUAGUGUGGAGCUAAAGAAGAAAGUGCAGUUUCAGUUCGUCUUGCUGACAGACACGCUGUACUCUCCGCUGCCUCCUGAGCUCCUGCCCCCGGAGCCGGAGAAGGAGCGCGACCCCAGACCUUUCCCCCGCACCGUGGUGGCUGUGGAAGUCCAGGACCUGAAGAACGGAGCCACGCACUACUGGUCGCUCGAAAAGCUCAAGCAGAGGCUGGAGCAGAUGAGAGAGAUGUACGACCGCGCAGGAGAAAUGGCCUCCACUCACCAGGAGGACGGCGAGGGCACUCUGACAGGAAAUGACCCCUUCUACGAUCGUUUCCAUUGGUUUAAGCUUGUCGGGAGCUCCCCCAUCUUCCACGGCUGCGUCAACGAGCACCUGGCUGACCGCACGCCCUCGCCCACCUUCUCCACCACCGACUCGGAGAUCACCGAGCUGGCGGACGAACGCCAGAGCGAGAUGUCGGACUUUAUAGACGACGAGGCGUUUGUGGACGACACCAGCUCGGACGCGGGCACGGAGGAGGGCUCGGACAUCUUCAGCGACGGCCAGGACCCCUUCUACGACCGCUCCCCCUGGUUCAUCCUGGUGGGAAGAGCGUUUGUGUACCUGAGCAACCUGCUGUACCCUGUGCCACUGGUUCACCGUGUUGCCGUGGUAACGGAGAAGGGCGAGGUGCGAGGUUUCCUGCGCGUGGGGGUCCAGGCUAUAGCUGCUGACGAGGAGGCUCCAGACUACGGGUCAGGAGUAAGACAGUCAGGCACCGCCAAGAUUUCCUUUGAUGAUGAGUACUUCAAGAAGAAUGACUUCCCCUCCACGGUCAUGACCCGCUCUGGCUUGUCCCUGGAAGAGCUGCGCUUUGUGGAGGGUCAGGGUCAGAGUUCAGAGGUCAUCACACCCUCAGAGGAGCUGAACAGAAUCAACGACAUGGACCUCAAGCUGGGUAACAUUGCAGACACCAAGCUGAGUCCUGGUGAGGGCCUGGCAGGACAGCUGGAGGUGGGCAGCAUCUUUACCUUUCGCGUUACAGUCCUCCAGGCCAGCGGCAUCCCACCGGAGUACGCAGACAUCUUCUGCCAGUUUAAUUUCCUUCAUCGUCACGAUGAGGCUUUUUCCACUGAGCCUUUAAAGAACAGCGGCAAAGGAGCUCCUUUGGGCUUUUACCACGUCCAGAAUAUUUCAGUGGAGGUCACGGAGUCUUUUAUUGAGUACAUCAAGAGCAAGCCCAUUGUGUUUGAGGUGUUUGGCCACUACCAGCAGCACCCGCUGCAUGUUCAUGGUCAGGACCUGAUCAGUCCUCCAACACCAUCAAGGAAAUACUACCCCAUACCCAUGCCUCUGUCUAAACCAGUUCCAGCCACCAAGCUGAACACCAUCACCAAGUCCAACCUGGGUCACUGUGUCAGCAAGUACGACCUGCUGGUCUGGUUUGAGAUCAGCGAGCUGGAGCCCACUGGAGAGUACAUCCCGGCUAUAGUGGAUCACAGCGGAGGACUGCCCUGCCAUGGCACAUACCUGCUGCACCAGGGGAUCCAGCGAAGGAUCACUGUGACUCUCAUCCACGAGAAGGGCAGUGAGCUCCACUGGAAGGAUGUCCGCGAGCUGGUCGUGGGUCGCAUCAGGAGCAAGGCCGAAGUGGACGACAGCGCGCCCGAUGCUGUCCUGUCCCUGAACAUUAUAUCUGCUAAGAACAUUAAGUCAUCCCACAACACCCACAGAACUUUCUAUCGCUUCGAGGCAGUAUGGGACAGCUCCCUGCACAACUCCCUUCUUUUAAACCGAGUGACUCCCUAUGGAGAGAAAAUCUACAUGACCCUGUCCGCCUACCUGGAGGUCCGUCUGCUCCUCUACGAUUUAAUGUAUCCGUUUGAUUUGGGCUCGAAGGUUUACCUCUCUGCAUGUCAGCUCACUGCCCGUGUGUCCUCCUCACAGCUGGACCACUGCAUCCAGCCAGCUAUCAUCACCAAAGACAUCUGCAUGGUCUUCUACUCCCGAGACGCUAAGAUCUCCCCUCCCCGGUCACUCAGAAACCUCUUUGGGAGCGGGUACUCCAAAACUCCAGACUGCAACCGGGUCACCGGCAUCUACGAGCUGAGCCUCUGCAAGAUGUCCGACUCCGGGAGCCCAGGGAUGCAGCGGAGGAGGAGGAAGGUCCUGGACACAUCAGUGGCUUAUGUGCGUGGAGAGGAGAAUCUGGCCGGCUGGAGGCCCCGAGGAGACAGCCUCAUCCUGGAGCACCAGUGGGAGCUGGAGAAAAUGGAGCAGCUGCAUGAGGUGGAGAAGACCCGCCACCUCCUCCUUCUGAGGGAGAAGCUGGGAGAAGCCGUUCCGGUUGGAACAGCUCCGACAGCCAAGUCCCUGAGCGAGUGCCUGUCCCCCAGCAUGAGCUCGGGCACCCUGUCCACGUCCACCUCCAUCUCCUCGCAGAUCUCCAACACCACCUUUGAGAGCGCCAUCACGCCCAGCGAGAGCAGCGGCUAUGACUCCGCGGACAUCGAGAGCCUGGUGGACCGAGAAAAGGAGCUGGCUACCAAGUGCCUGCGCCUCCUGACACACACCUUCAACAGUGAAUACAACCAGGUGGUCAACAGCAUCAGCGAUUGCAAGCUGUCUGACAUCUCACCCAUUGGACGCGACCCGUCGGUGACCAGCUUCAGCAGCGCCACCCUCACCCCCUCCUCCACCUGCCCCUCGCUGUCCGACUCGCGCUGCGGCUCUUUAGACCAGAAGACCCCAGAGAACUGUUCUCGUGCCUCCAGCCCCUCCUGCUCAGACUAUGAGAACUUCCCGAUGGUUCCCACUCUCGAGACGUCCUACCUUGCACGUGCUGGAAAGAACGAGUUCCUCAACUUGGUGCCGGACAUUGAAGAAAUGAGACCAGGGUCUGUUGUGUCCAAGAAAGGCUUCUUGAGCUUCAUGGAGCCGCGCUCUAACUCGUGGGUGAAGCACUUUGUGGUCGUCCGCCGGCCCUACGUCUUCAUCUACAACAGUGACAAGGACCCUGUGGAGCGCGGCGUCCUCAACCUCUCCACGGCACAGGUGGAAUACAGCGAAGACCAGCAGGCCAUGCUGAAGACUCCCAACACGUUUGCUGUGUGCACAAAACAUAGAGGGAUCCUCCUGCAGGCCAACAACGAGAAAGACAUGAACGACUGGCUGUAUGCGUUUAAUCCGCUGCUGGCAGGAACGAUAAGAUCUAAGCUGGCGAGGAGGCGCAGCGGCUUGAUGAAGAACUGA